UUUUUCAGGUUAAUGGUGCAUGGUCAGAAUGGGGCCAAUAUGGGCAGAGUUGUAGCGACGACUGUUAUUCAAAAAGGGAACGUCGUUGUAAUGAUCCAUCACCGAGAUAUGGAGGACAAAAUUGUUAUAACAUGAACGAUGAUAAAGAGUAUAUGAAAUGCUAUUCCAUCAGUCCUAGUAGAUGUAGUUGUGUUCAUGGAGAAGUAAUUUGUGUUACCCGGGAACAUGUGAAGCGGGGCUCAUAUGUACCUGUUCAGAUGGAUUUUCUGGCGAUUUUCCAAAGUGCGAGGCGACAUUGGUUAUGGUUGAAAACGACAACAAAGUAUUAACGCAAUGCAACGACACUCUACCUAUCACAGCUAUAUACACAAACAUGUUGAGCAUAAACAGAAUCGAUGUGGAAUGGAAGACGAUCUUUCAAAAUUUUCCGCGACCUACGUUUCCUGACAACUAUAAGAUAGAGACUUUUAGGUUAGGGAUUACUGCAUCUUCAGGCCGUCUGUUCCUAGAAAGGGAUGGAAUGACGCAUCCAUCAGAUGUUUCAAUGGCGUGCGAAAUCGAGCCAGAUGAUUCACCAAGACAAGACACCGUAACUUGUAACUUCACAGAGGCCUUACCUUGGGGACAAUUCAAGCACAAUGACAGGGUACAAUUCACAGUUUCUGCGACAAAUGGCGGGUACCUUGGUUAUUUCAAUCCUGAACCUUCGGUAAAUGAAACUCAAAGAAAAUAUUACAGUGGUAAUUCGAGGAACAACGACGCCCUGUUUAUAUUUGAUACUGUCAAUCCCUAUCAUUGUUCAAGUACAUCAUCUUGUAGCGAUGCUUUAAUGGAAUUCGGCAAAGACAUAAGAAAGGUCGGUGUUAACAUUAGCUGGACUGGAUGGAAAGACGAUCUUUCUGGAAUAAGGGAGUACGACAUUGAUAUUUAUUUGACUCAACAAAAUCGCAGCAGUCUCAGAGAAAACCAUCCGGCCAAGAAAACUUUUCAGAAGUGGACAUUGGGAGAUCCAAUUCCAAGUUUUACACCUGAGAUAGCUGGUACAUACUCAAUUGUUCUCACAGCAGUAGAUAACACAGGUCAUGGUGGAUCUAGCGGUAAUGUAGAGACAGCUAGACGACUGUUCAUUUAUGACAACAACUCUGUUGUAGAUACAGUACAACAUAAACCAUUAAAACCGAUAUCUGCUUCUCAGAAUUUUACAUCAGGUAACUCUACAUCAAAUAAAAUGUGUCACUGGCAGCAUAACUUACAGGAUGAAAGUGGAAAAGGCGAGAGUGUAGUAUUUGAAUGGACUGAUAGGUUUAUAAACCGUUAUCACCAUAUGAAUAAGAUUCUUGGAGCAGUAGAUAAUUACCAGGAAAGAGAAAUUCUGCCUGAAUAUGAUGACUUUGAUGAAGGCGAGAGAACACGGUCGGAAAUUCAAAAUGCUAAUGCAAUAGUAAGAUUUAACUACACUUUCCUCAAAGACCACAGUGGGGGAAGAAACAUAACGACAAUGCCCGAAGACAACUGGAAUCCUACAGACAAUGUACUCGAUCAAGGCCAACGGUUAGACAUACCGAGAGAAGAUGGUGACACAGUACGACUCUGGGUAAGAGCCAUAGAUGUGAUGGGAACUUAUGUUAACGAUAGCGUAUGUGUUCAUUUUGACUCAUCACCACCAGUCAUAGAGGACAUCUGGCUUGUUGAUAAUGACAGAGAACAACUUGCAGUCCACAAUGUGAGAGAUCUUUAUGAGAUGCGAUUCCGGUUCAAAGCAUUCGAUAUUCACAGCGGGCUUUACAAUGUACAUUGGAAACUAUAUGACAACUAUACCGAUAUUGAAGAGACACUAGGAGAGGGGCAUACACAUGUAAUAAAGAUAGACAACACUACACAGGAUGCAUCAAGUUAUUGUGUACCAGCAGGACAAUGCUAUGGAAUACAGUAUGAUAUCAAACCAGAUCGAAAUGACUUUUCUAAGCCUGGAGGGACACACGAACACGACUAUUUCCUGAUAAUAACGGUCACCAACGUUGCUCGACUAGUCACAACUCUUACUCUAAAAAUUACAAUCGACACAUCUCCACCCCACCCUGGUGUUGUACACGAUGGACGUUCUGGUAGUGUGGAAGUUGAUUUCCAGCAGGAUUAUACAUUACAUGCGCAUUGGUCUCAGUUCUUCGACAGAGAAAGUGGCAUCAUGUUUUACAGAUAUGGGUUUAGUAAUAGCUGCCUUGAAGCAGAUGCCUUCACUGGCAUCAAUAAAACGUCAAUGGUAGAGAAUACAACUUUAACUGAAGUGAGUACGACUGCUUCUGGACCUGGAAAAUAUUUUUGCACUGUGGUUGCCUUCAAUGGUGCAAUGGAACCUUCCGAACCUGUUUGCUCAGAUGGUGUCACGAUAGACAUUACUCCUCCAGAUGUACAUUCCAUCAUUGUUGACCAUAUACACACUAGACCUGGGGUUGUAAGACAUGGCAAUUCUACAUGGCUCAUAACACGGCAUGGCUAUAAACAACGAUUGAAUGAAUCACGUUGCAGUUUUAGAGAAGUAGAGGUCCCCGAUAUAAGUGUAUUCGCUGAAACCAAAUAUAGUGAGUACAGCAUAGGGUGUGAGAAUGGUGCAUUCAUAAACCGCCUCUAUCUGACACAGGAAAGACAGCUAAAUGUGAACUGGACAGGAUUUGAUGUUGAAUCGGAAAUAUUUGACUUUGAGCUAGGAUUAAGCAGCACAGAUUCGCCACUUGCCCCUGACAUAAUGCCAUUUAAAUCGACGAACCAGAGACCGUCAUGGAACCUCUAUCAUCCACCACUAUCUGAGGGUCAGUUGAUCUGGAUUAUAAUUAAAGCAACGAACAGGGCCAGGAUGACAACAUCAAAGGUAUUUGGGCCCUUGAUCAUUGAUGUCACUGCACCCAAAUUUGAAAGUGAAAUAAAAGUGUAUGUAGAAAGGGAAUAUUUACGAGUGGAUUGGGAUUCUUCCAAAGUAUAUGAUGCUGAAGAUGCAGAGAAAUUGCAGUAUUUGAUCGCCAUUGGACAAGACAGUUACCACAAAGACAUGCUUGGCUUUUCUCAACUUACGGCCGGGGGUUCCUGUAAUGUGUCCUACAAUAACUGCACAGCAGUUCUUCUUACUAAGUUGAAUAUUCACUCUGCCCAUCCGCAAGCACUGGUAGCGUCCAUUAAAGUAACCAAUGCAGCUGGUUUGUCAACAAUUGCCUCGUCGGAACCAUACGUACAUUACACAACUUUGCC